ACGUGAGCUGCACUGUAGUGCGCAUCACAUGGAAUGGAACGGAACGGAACGGAACCUUUGCCUGUCUGUACUGUACUGUACUGGCUGGCUGGCACUGGCAUCAUCCAUCCGUCCACCGUUACUGUUCUAUAGCACUAGAACCUGCUGAUUCCUCGUCGCCAGCUUCUCUUUCCCCCACCACAACCCCCCGCCGGCGCGGCUCCCGGUGUCCCUUCCACUCUCCACCCUCUCCUUCCCUUCGGCGCCAAGUCCAUCCGCCCCUCCGAAUCUCCGAUUGCCGCCGUCCAGGUGCCGGCCGACAGUUGAGAAUGGGACUGAGGCGCCUGAUGAGAUGCUGCUGCUGCAUUGCAAAGCACGCGGACGACGGCGACAAGAUCGAUUUCGGAGGUGGCAAUGUUCAUGUUGUCACAAGCAAAGAGGACUGGGACCAAAGAAUUGCCGAGGCAAACAAGGAUGGGAAAACCGUGGUUGCAAACUUCAGCGCUUCCUGGUGUGGGCCGUGCCGUGUCAUCGCACCUGUCUACGCCGAAAUGUCGCAGACGUACCCUCAGCUCAUGUUCCUGACGAUCGAUGUUGAUGACUUGAUGGAGUUCAGCUCGUCGUGGGACAUCCGCGCGACCCCGACCUUCUUCUUCCUCAAGAACGAGCAGCAGGUGGACAAGCUGGUCGGCGCCAACAAGCCUGAGCUGGAGAAGAAAGUGGCCGCCGUCGCCGACGCGGCCGGCAGCAAGACAGUGUAGUGUAGGCAAAGACCCGCCUAGCUUGUUGACCUGGCCCUGUACAUCGUUAUAUCCUAUUGUUGCUGUGUGUUUCUUUCUUGGCACCGUGCGCAUGCGUCGAUCUGUCGGCGGUAAUGUCUUCCGCCAUGUGCUGAUUGUAAGAGUUGCCCGGUAAUGGUAAUGGUAAUGGUAAUGGUGUCUUACGGUUUC